CGGAAUACACGAUUGGCCUAGUCAGAAUAACCUCACCCUAUUUUUAUACGGUUCCAGUACGCUGUAUCUGACAUAACCUUCCGGUCGCCUUUGUCUCGUGUCUUUCGAAUUCCAAUCCCGUGAUAAUCUUUCUGCCCAGGUCCCGCUAGUAGACACCCCGAAUGGCUCAGAGCGGCCCCAACAAGUCAAUGUCAACUCGACACUUCAUGGCUGGCCUUGGAUCUGGUCUCACAUCUGCCAUUCUUCUUCAACCCCUGGACCUGCUGAAGACCAGAGUCCAGCAGGCGAAUCACCGAAACUUGGCGUUCCACUUCAAACAAGUUGCAUCAUCACCUGGAAGGAUAUGGGCCUUUUGGCGAGGCACCGUGCCUUCGGCUCUCAGGACAGGUUUCGGUUCUGCUCUAUAUUUCACGUCCUUAAACACGAUACGUCAACAUAUAUCACAAACUUCCCACUGGGCCGGAUCUGGUAGCCCAAACACUAGGAUCUCGGCCGCAUGCUCGAGCUCCUUGCCCAAGCUCUCCCCUUCGGCCAACCUACUUGCAGGUGCAGUUGCCAGGACAUGUGCUGGCUUCGCCCUCAUGCCCCUAACAGUAAUCAAGGUGCGGUACGAGUCAAGUCUGUAUUCGUACUGCUCGAUGUUACAUGCAUCACGAGAUAUCUACGCCACGAGUGGCGUCCGAGGCUUUUUUUCGGGGUUCGGUGCAACCGCUGUCCGUGAUGCUCCAUACGCUGGCGCAUAUGUUUUAAUAUAUGAGUUUUUGAAAAAGCAUCUUAGCAUCAUGGCCAUCAAAGGAUCAACCUGUCCGCAAGAUGGUCCCCACACGUCACUCAGCACGACACAGGCCGGAGUAAUUAACUUCACGUCGGGCAUUCUAGCAGGUGGUGCCUGUUCGGUAAUCUCCAAUCCCUUCGACGCAAUCAAGACCAGGAUUCAACUAGAGCCGUCGUCUUAUCUCAACAUGUAUCAAGCAUGCUAUAAGAUGGUUUCGCAAGAAGGCGUUCGAUCGCUUUUUGAUGGACUAGUGCUCCGCAUGAGCCGGAAAGCCCUCAGCUCCGCGCUGGCAUGGACAUUGUACGAGGAAUUGAUGCGAAGAGCAGAAGGUGCAUUGGAUAUCAGAACGGGCACGGCGGCAAAUCCCUAGCGCUACCUGCACCACAUGCAGAGUAUUAUAAGGUCCUUUCCGUUUAAGAAUUCAUUUAAGAAGAGCAAGGACAUGUCUCAACAAGAACCCAACCCCUGCACCCUGGAAGAACCAAAGAAAAGUGUAAGAUACCUGCGCGAAUACACGAUGCAACUCAAGCCGGCCGAGCACCCGCAAGGUACAUGAGGAGGGCGGGCGACUUGCUUCGCUUGCGGUCGCUCUUCUUCCGUACCCAUUCAAACUUGGGGUCUUCUCGCCCACUCCUCUUAUCACCCACCUCAAGUAGGAGCCUGCUGGAUCUCUUUUCACGCACACCUCGCGUAUGCUUCCAUAAUGUGUCCUGCUCCCAGUCAGGCACCCAUCGC